CUGUAGGCCUGAUAGGGAAACAGAGAGGCUGAUUCUCCCGAGAGAUGAGGUCAGGGAGACAAUGCAGCUAGGACAAAGAAGCCAAAUAGUUUGUGCCAAAUUAAUUUCCCCAAAGAUAUUAACCUCCUUUGCUUCACCAUUCCCUAAGGCUACACUAAGAUUAUGAAAGGUGUUCAAAAUGUUGAAAUGAAAAUAAUAUGCAUGAUUUGUUUGCAUAUAAUUUUCAUACUCAUUUACUAUCUAAAUACAAAAGAAUCAUUUUCCUUCUCCAUUCUACCUCCUCCACCCCUUGUGCCUGAUGUGCUAGUCAGGGCAAAAUCAGUUGACUGGUAUUUAAUUAGGUAUGUUCAGUUUCAGCCCCCCCUUUCCUUCUUUCCUUGUUCUUGAUCCUUCCAGUGUGGCCCAUAUUAGAAGCCUCUUUCCCUUUUCCACCCUGAUCAUUUUCACUUGCUAGCUCGUCUAAAGGACAUUUCUCUUCUUCUUCCUAAGUUAAUACUUACUCUUUAUCACCAAUCUCCUGUGGGCGAACCAAGGGGGAGGCAUUCGCUAGCCCUAAAACCAGUCCUUCUAUCCCCAUAGUCACCUGAAAUAGUUGCUAAAAAUCUCAUUUCCCAACACCAGGGGGUGUCUCUAUUCCUGUAUCUGUCCCACCCUGAAGGUAGAGAUUAGCCCCAACCCUUUUCCCCACUCCUUUUACGUAGCUCCUAAAGCUCCUUCUCUCCCUACCGUCGCAGAGCUUUGGGUUCAGAAAGUGGUGUCUUUUUAUUGCAGAUUAUCGUAGGUCUCUCAUUCUGUCCGGACAUGCAUAAAUUUUUCUUUUUCUUAGUCUGUUCAUCUUUCGGUCUCCGUACCACCCACGAUCCCCUUUGCUCCGGCUCGCCCUUUCUUUCGCUACCUGUCUUCCACCUCUCUACAUGGGUUUCAUCGCCCUUCUGGGUUCUUCACAUACGCGUCUCUGAGCCUCUUUGUGUAUCCACCUUUCUUUUUCCCUGUCCCCCUCUUUAUGGAACUCUCCCUGUCUCACUACUUCUGUGCCAGUUUGUCUCCGUCUCUCCCACAGUCCCCACAGUAGGAACAAAGUCACGAUGUUUGCGCAGAACAUGCCUCGCGUCGCCCCGUCCGGGACCGUCACAUUCCACCGUGCCCCUCCGCGCAUUCCAACUGCAAACAAAGAGUUCCCCUCCCCCUCCUCCACUUUUCCCCGUCCCAAUUCCUGAGAGAUGUAGCGGCGCUGCCCAAACUGCUCCACGGCCGCCUCUCGCCUCCAGUCGGCGGGUCUCCACCUCCGGGACAGUUACCACCAGCACCACCCUCCCCCUUCAGCGCACCAGAGAUCCCUGCGCAGACACCCCCGUUCCUCCUGCACACAGCGCUCCGCCCCUCCCGGAAAGUAGAUCCGGCCAGGCAGACAAAAGUUUGGGAGAGAAGUUCGGUCUGUGCUGAGUGUGAGAGUGAGGGGGGCGGGGGCCGAGGAGAGUGGGGCGGCAGGGCGAGUGGACGCGUGAACAGACAGACCUGCGGACGGGACAGCCGCGGCCGUAGGCCCUUCUAGCCCCGCUUAACCCCUGAUGCGCGGGGGGAAGCAGCCCCUCUCGCUGGGGGAUGCUGCGGGAUUCCCGGUGCCGGGCAUCCGGGCCGCCCGCUAAACCCGUGUGCCUACCCCGUGCCCCCGGGGAACCGGAGUCCGGCCACUGGGAAAGAGAAGCGGCCGCAGAGACGCUGCAGGGUGCCGGGCGGGGAGGGGGCUGGAGGCCCCAGGCCCGAGGGCAUGGAGCGGUUAGGGGAGAAAGCCAGUCGCCUGCUGGAGAAGUUAAGACUCUCGGACUCCGGCAGCGCCAAGUUCGGCCGCAGAAAGGGUGAAUCUAGCCGGUCUGGAUCUGAUGGGACCCCCGGGGCGGGCAAGGGGCGUCUGAGUGGGUUGGGGGGACCUAGGAAAUCAGGGCCCCGUGGAGCUACUGGGGGACCUGGGGAUGAGCCGUUGGAGCCAGCCCGGGAGCAGGGCCCCCUGGACGCUGAGCGGAACCCGCGCGGCUCCUUUGAGGCGCAGCGCUACGAAGGCUCCUUUUCUGGGGGGCCGCCUCCCACCCGGGCCUUGCCUCUACCUCAGUCAUUGCCCCCCGACUUUCGGCUGGAGACCACGGCCCCAGCUCUAAGCCCCCGCUCCAGUUUCGCCAGUAGCUCAGCCAGCGAUGCCAGCAAGCCGUCCAGUCCCCGGGGCAGCCUGCUGUUGGACGGGGCGGGGGCCGGUGGAGCCGGAGGUAGCCGACCCUGCAGCAAUCGUACCAGCGGCAUCAGCAUGGGCUACGACCAGCGCCACGGCAGCCCCCUGCCCGCCGGGCCAUGCCUGUUUGGCCCACCCCUGGCUGGGGCUCCGGCGGGCUAUUCCCCUGGAGGGGUGCCGUCCGCCUACCCGGAGCUCCACGCUGCCCUGGACCGACUGUGCGCUCACCGGCCGUCGGGAUUCGGCUGCCAGGAAAGCCGCCACUCGUAUCCCCCGGCCCUAGGCAGCCCCGGGGCUCUAGCCGGGGCCGGAGUGGGAGCGGCAGGGCCGUUGGAGAGACGCGGGGCGCAACCCGGACGACACUCGGUGACCGGAUACGGGGACUGCGCCGCGGGCGCCCGAUACCAGGAUGAGCUAACAGCAUUGCUGCGCCUGACGGUGGGCACGGGUGGGCGAGAAGCCGGCACCCGCGGGGAACCCUCGGGGAUUGAGCCGUCGGGUCUCGAGGAGCCGCCGGGUCCGUUCGUUCCAGAGGCCUCCCGGGCCCGGAUGCGGGAACCAGAGGCCAGAGAAGACUACUUCGGCACCUGUAUCAAGUGCAACAAAGGCAUCUAUGGGCAGAGCAACGCCUGCCAGGCCCUGGACAGCCUCUACCACACCCAGUGCUUUGUCUGCUGCUCCUGUGGGCGAACUUUGCGCUGCAAAGCUUUCUAUAGCGUGAAUGGCUCCGUGUACUGUGAGGAAGAUUAUCUGUUUUCAGGGUUUCAGGAGGCAGCUGAGAAGUGCUGUGUCUGUGGUCACUUGAUUUUGGAGAAGAUCCUACAGGCCAUGGGAAAGUCCUAUCACCCAGGCUGCUUCCGAUGCAUCGUUUGCAACAAGUGCCUGGAUGGCAUCCCCUUCACAGUGGACUUCUCCAACCAGGUGUACUGCGUCACUGACUACCACAAAAAUUAUGCUCCUAAGUGUGCGGCCUGCGGCCAACCCAUCCUCCCCUCAGAGGGCUGUGAGGACAUUGUGAGGGUGAUAUCCAUGGACCGGGAUUAUCACUUUGAGUGCUACCACUGUGAGGACUGCCGGAUGCAGCUGAGUGAUGAGGAAGGCUGCUGCUGCUUCCCUCUGGAUGGGCACUUGCUCUGCCACGGCUGUCACAUGCAGCGGCUUAAUGCCCGACAGCCCCCUGCCAACUAUAUCUGAACUGCAGUCACUACUGCUGCCUUCACCACCAUUGACAAAUUCCUCUGGCCAGAGGGCCCCUCUGAGGCCAGCCGAGGCAAGGAACGCACUCCCAGGCCAGGAAGAAGAGCCCUCUGGGGAAGGCCCCAAGGGCCAGAGACCCAAAGAUAUGACAUUCCAAAUGGAUUGUGGAGAAGGAACCUUCCAAUUGCCAUGGUGGGGUGACUGGCUUUCUUUCCAUGUGUGUAGCCUGUGCUGUAGCGUGUACUCAGGCACACACUACAGGCAAGUUCCAGUACUUUCUAAAGGUCUGAUUCUGGUCU